AUGAACGUAAAUCAAUUGCGCAGAGUGCCAUUAGCUGCAAAAUGGCCCGUCACACCCUGCCGCAGCGCAUCAAGCAAAGCACCUCGACCCCCAAAGCCGAGUCCUAAAAGCCCCAAGCCAGUGGCCAUAAAACGGCGACAAGUAACACCGCCUCGCCAACACUACCAAGAGCGCCCAACCACUCAAGCCGAAACCGCCAAUGCUGAAACCACAGCGAAACAAGGCCAUGGCAUCCCACCCAGAGCCCUAACCUUCCUGGGAAUCACAGCAUUUACCAUCAGCACGUACUGCGGCUAUCUAUACACGUCGUACACGCGCGAAGUAAGCAAAGCACAAACGCUCAACGUGCCACGCGACGUGUCAGACCGCUAUAACACGACAGCCGCAACCUUCGACGCGGACGUCGCGCUCUCCGAAAAGGCAAUGGGCCUCGGCAAGAAGCGACGGGAUCUAGUCCGCCAGGCGCGCGGACACGUUCUCGAAGUCAGCUGCGGCACGGGACGCAAUCUGCCGUUCUACGAGCUCGGCGAGCGUCGCGGGUUAGAUGCUGAUGGCCACGCUGCGGUUUUGGGUUGUCGAUCGGUUGCGUUUGUCGAUCUUAGUCCGCAGAUGGUGGCUAUCACGAAGGAGAAGUUCGAGAAAUUGUAUCCUACGUUCCCGGCGGUGUUCCGGGCUUGUGAUGCGGGUAAGGUUGAGCCGUCUGGUAUCGGGCGUUCUGGGGUGAAGACGAAGGAGGAGCCGGUUUAUUUUGAUACUAUUGUGCAGACUAUGGGUCUUUGCUCGAUGCCGGAUCCGGUUGCUACGCUGCGACAUCUGGGAUCUGUUACGGAGCCCGUGAGUGGGCGGAUCUUGUUGCUUGAGCAUGGGCGUUCUUAUUAUGAUUGGGUUAAUCGCAUUUUGGAUAAUCUUGCUCCGGCUCAUGCGGAUCGGCAUGGUUGUUGGUGGAACCGUGAUAUUGGGGAGAUUGUGCGUGAGAGUGGUUUGGAGAUUGUGGAGGAGAAGCGUUGGCAUCUGGGGACUACGUGGCGUUAUGUGUUGAGACCCAAGCAGAGUGCUGAGAAGUCUCAGUCUUGA